CGACUCUACCAAACGUUCAGUCACUGAUUGCUCGCUACGGGGAACGCGUGUCGCUCGAAUCGGAAAACCGGCAUUGCGCGGGAGCAUAUACGAUAAACAGUUUGUAAUAGACGAUUUGUUACCGUUUCACAUAAAUUGGACCCUAAAUAAAGUGACAGUUGAAGUGUAUGUCCUGUACUGGAUGAAACUAAAGGAGUCUGAAAGUGAAACUGAAAUAUCUACGUGUGCAGAUAAUUAGAGUGAGCAUGCUGACUAGACUAGUGACGAUAGCACUGGUGGCAGCGACCUGGCGGCUCACCGACGCCUGCUCUUGCUCACUAGAACAUCCACAAACACAUUUUUGUAACAGUGACUUCGUUAUCGUCGGUCGAGUACAAAGACUAUUCAGAGGAAAAGAUUUCUACGACGCUUACAAAGUGAAAAUUCGAAACGUUUUUAAAGCAACUCCAAAGGCAGCUUUAGCUCUAAAAUCAGGUCGAAUAUUAACGCCCUCUCAGGAUUCCUUAUGCGGAGUUAGCCUACAGCCAAGGGAGACCUAUGUCAUAACAGGUCGCGUGAUGCACCUGCAGGCUCACGUGCAGCUGUGUGGCUACAUAAACAAGUGGCGGGAGGUGACGCCGCGGCAAAGGAAGGGAUUCCGACUCCUCUAUCGACAGGGCUGCACGUGCAAGGUACAUGUGAACCGCCGAACAACAAAAUCGCCCAACACUUGCGUGACGGGCUACGACGAAUGCUACGAGCGACACGGAAUCUGUCUUCAUGACCGAGAGAGGCGGUGCAGGUGGACUAGAGCUCCUGCCCUCACGAGAUGUCUUCAAAAACAACUGUUCAACAAUAACAGCACUAUGACUUGAUUAAUCGAACGAAUAACUAUAGUACUAAUAACUACCGUAUAUCUCGCCUCCACUCGAUUGAAAUUCCGGUGUUACCUUCGAUUGUUACUAAUAUUUAUAGAUUCAAAGUUAUGUUUAAGCCAAAUCUGAGAUGACAUGUUAGAAUGUUUUACAUUGUGUUAAGGUGAAACAAAACUUGUUUGUUUCGUUAAUUAUAUAGAGCUUUAAUAAGCUCGACGGAAGGCUAAUAUUGGAUUUGGUUUUCUUUAUUGUAAAAUCGGAGAAAGCAGACAGUAUGCAUGUGGCUAUGAAUGUGUAGACGUAAAAAUCGUGAUAAAUUAUUAGAUGCAGCGACGUUUUAUAUCAAAACGACACGAAUUAACUGAACGCUAUUACCAAUUGUUAUUCUUUGGAAUAUUUCCUUUGAAGAUUCUUAAAUUGUUAUUUAGUCUUCACAGACAAAUUGCUUAACGUUAUUUUGUAUUAUUUAUUGUAAGUUAUAACUAUUUUAAGUUAAAGUAUUGUAAAUUAACAAAAUAGUGAUAUAAUUAGAUUAGAAUAAAAGAUUAAGUUAA